AUCCAAAAAGAAACAUAAAGCGAUGUCAAAAGACGAAGGCACCCUUUCACACACUAUACUUUCCAGUUUCAAAGAACAGAGUGUGGGUUCUGCUGACGCUUGAAGACAGUGAGGGGAAAAAAUAACUGAGAAAUUCUAGAAACCUCUCUUCAGAGAGUCCGUGAAUAAAUCAAUUGUUCAAAAUCAAUUUCACAAAGUUUGAUCACUUUUGCAUUGACCUUCAACUUUUCUUCUUCUCUCCGGUUAUUCGCUCGCAAUGAAUCCACAAUCACCGGACCCUCAGCUUCCGACUUUCUCCCCACGGUUCGCGCUCGUGACCGGUUCGCAGCGGAAAAUCGCGAUCGCGGUGGAUCUGAGCGACGAGAGUGCUUACGCGGUGCGGUGGGCGGUGCAGAACUACCUCCGACCGGGCGACGGGGUGAUCCUUCUGCACGUGCGUCCCACGAGCGUCCUGUAUGGCGCGGACUGGGGCUCGGUGGAUCUGAGUGUGGCGGAGGAGGGCGGCGAUGAGGAGUCGCGGCAGAAGCUGGAGGACGACUUCGACAACUUUACGUCGACGAAGGCUAGCGACGUGGCGCAGCCGCUGGUGGAGGCGCAGAUACCGUUCAAGAUCCACAUUGUGAAGGACCACGACAUGAAGGAGAGGUUGUGUUUGGAAGUGGAGCGCCUCGGGCUCAGCGCCGUCAUCAUGGGAAGCCGCGGCUUCGGCGCGUCCAAGCGAGCCGCCAAAGGAAGGCUCGGCAGUGUCAGCGAUUACUGCGUGCACCAUUGCGUGUGUCCCGUUGUGGUUGUGCGUUACCCCGAGGAGAACGACAACGGUAGUAGCGGCAACGGUAACGGCGGUGAUGUUCUGGUUGGGGAACAGGUGGAGCUUCCACCUGUGCCUGAGGAGGAGCAUGAGGUGUAUCAUGAUGCUUCCGAUGAGCACAGAGGUUUGGGUUUCACCCUGUUAUAAUUUUAUUUCACAGUAACCAUCAUAAUUUCGGUAUUAUGACUUAACAUUGCAUAGUGUAUAGUUGGUUUGACUAAUCAUCUUACUCGUGUAGCAUUGGUAACAGAGAGAAUUGAGUAUUGGAUACUACUUACAUAUGCAUGCUACUUUCUUCAGUCAAGUUUGGUAUUUGUCUAAGUUAUCGUAUUGACUAGAGAUUAGUGAACGAUGUCAAAAGUAUCUAUGAUAUUAUGAUUAUGAUUGAGUGAUAUUCUUCAUAAUAACUACUUGUCUGAGGAGAAAAUAAGAAGAUAAAAUUAUGUGAGUUUCUCGGAUAAACUAAGAUCAAAUUUGUCAAUUUUGUAGGAGCAUGAAAUUUAACUUAUCCAACCAUACAUUUAUAAAAGAAGUUCAAUUCAUUUAGUUUUUUUUUUUGGCCCUUAUAAAUACU